AUGUCACCAUGGCUCAUGUCUCCAUGCUGCCAUUCUGCUAUGCUGCCAUUCUGCUAUGCUGCCAUUCUGCUAUGCUGCCAUUCUGCUAUGCUGCCAUUCUGCUAUGCUGCCAUUCUGCUAUGCUGCCAUUCUGCUAUGCUGCCGUUCUGCUAUGCUGCCAUUCUGCUAUGCUGCCAUUCUGCUAUGCUGCCAUUCUGCUAUGCUGCCAUUCUGCUAUGCUGCCAUUCUGCUAUGCUGCCAUUCUGCUAUGCUGCCAUUCUGCUAUGCUGCCAUUCUGCUAUGCUGCCAUUCUGCUAUGCUGCCAUUCUGCUAUGCUGCCAUUCUGCUAUGCUGCCAUUCUGCUAUGCUGCCAUUCUGCUAUGCUGCCAUUCUGCUAUGCUGCCAUUCUGCUAUGCUGCCAUUCUGCUAUGCUGCCAUUCUGCUAUGCUGCCAUUCUGCUAUGCUGCCAUUCUGCUAUGCUGCCAUUCUGCUAUGCUGCCAUUCUGCUAUGCUGCCAUUCUGCUAUGCUGCCAUUCUGCUAUGCUGCCAUUCUGCUAUGCUGCCAUUCUGCUAUGCUGCCAUUCUGCUAUGCUGCCAUUCUGCUAUGCUGCCAUUCUGCUAUGCUGCCAUUCUGCUAUGCUGCCAUUCUGCUAUGCUGCCAUUCUGCUAUGCUGCCAUUCUGCUAUGCUGCCAUUCUGCUAUGCUGCCAUUCUGCUAUGCUGCCAUUCUGCUAUGCUGCCAUUCUGCUAUGCUGCCAUUCUGCUAUGCUGCCAUUCUGCUAUGCUGCCAUUCUGCUAUGCUGCCAUUCUGCUAUGCUGCCAUUCUGCUAUGCUGCCAUUCUGCUAUGCUGCCAUUCUGCUAUGCUGCCAUUCUGCUAUGCUGCCAUUCUGCUAUGCUGCCAUUCUGCUAUGCUGCCAUUCUGCUAUGCUGCCAUUCUGCUAUGCUGCCAUUCUGCUAUGCUGCCAUUCUGCUAUGCUGCCAUUCUGCUAUGCUGCCAUUCUGCUAUGCUGCCAUUCUGCUAUGCUGCCAUUCUGCUAUGCUGCCAUUCUGCUAUGCUGCCAUUCUGCUAUGCUGCCAUUCUGCUAUGCUGCCAUUCUGCUAUGCUGCCAUUCUGCUAUGCUGCCAUUCUGCUAUGCUGCCAUUCUGCUAUGCUGCCAUUCUGCUAUGCUGCCAUUCUGCUAUGCUGCGCUGCCAUUCUGCUAUGCUGCCAUUCUGCUAUGCUGCCAUUCUGCUAUGCUGCCAUUCUGCUAUGCUGCCAUUCUGCUAUGCUGCCAUUCUGCUAUGCUGCCAUUCUGCUAUGCUGCCAUUCUGCUAUGCUGCCAUUCUGCUAUGCUGCCAUUCUGCUAUGCUGCCAUUCUGCUAUGCUGCCAUUCUGCUAUGCUGCCAUUCUGCUAUGCUGCCAUUCUGCUAUGCUGCCAUUCUGCUAUGCUGCCAUUCUGCUAUGCUGCCAUUCUGCUAUGCUGCCAUUCUGCUAUGCUGCCAUUCUGCUAUGCUGCCAUUCUGCUAUGCUGCCAUUCUGCUAUGCUGCCAUUCUGCUAUGCUGCCAUUCUGCUAUGCUGCCAUUCUGCUAUGCUGCCAUUCUGCUAUGCUGCCAUUCUGCUAUGCUGCCAUUCUGCUAUGCUGCCAUUCUGCUAUGCUGCCAUUCUGCUAUGCUGCCAUUCUGCUAUGCUGCCAUUCUGCUAUGCUGCCAUUCUGCUAUGCUGCCAUUCUGCUAUGCUGCCAUUCUGCUAUGCUGCCAUUCUGCUAUGCUGCCAUUCUGCUAUGCUGCCAUUCUGCUAUGCUGCCAUUCUGCUAUGCUGCCAUUCUGCUAUGCUGCCAUUCUGCUAUGCUGCCAUUCUGCUAUGCUGCCAUUCUGCUAUGCUGCCAUUCUGCUAUGCUGCCAUUCUGCUAUGCUGCCAUUCUGCUAUGCUGCCAUUCUGCUAUGCUGCCAUUCUGCUAUGCUGCCAUUCUGCUAUGCUGCCAUUCUGCUAUGCUGCCAUUCUGCUAUGCUGCCAUUCUGCUAUGCUGCCAUUCUGCUAUGCUGCCAUUCUGCUAUGCUGCCAUUCUGCUAUGCUGCCAUUCUGCUAUGCUGCCAUUCUGCUAUGCUGCCAUUCUGCUAUGCUGCCAUUCUGCUAUGCUGCCAUUCUGCUAUGCUGCCAUUCUGCUAUGCUGCCAUUCUGCUAUGCUGCCAUUCUGCUAUGCUGCCAUUCUGCUAUGCUGCCAUUCUGCUAUGCUGCCAUUCUGCUAUGCUGCCAUUCUGCUAUGCUGCCAUUCUGCUAUGCUGCCAUUCUGCUAUGCUGCCAUUCUGCUAUGCUGCCAUUCUGCUAUGCUGCCAUUCUGCUAUGCUGCCAUUCUGCUAUGCUGCCAUUCUGCUAUGCUGCCAUUCUGCUAUGCUGCCAUUCUGCUAUGCUGCCAUUCUGCUAUGCUGCCAUUCUGCUAUGCUGCCAUUCUGCUAUGCUGCCAUUCUGCUAUGCUGCCAUUCUGCUAUGCUGCCAUUCUGCUAUGCUGCCAUUCUGCUAUGCUGCCAUUCUGCUAUGCUGCCAUUCUGCUAUGCUGCCAUUCUGCUAUGCUGCCAUUCUGCUAUGCUGCCAUUCUGCUAUGCUGCCAUUCUGCUAUGCUGCCGUUCUGCUAUGCUGCCAUUCUGCUAUGCUGCCAUUCUGCUAUGCUGCCGUUCUGCUAUGCUGCCAUUCUGCUAUGCUGCCAUUCUGCUAUGCUGCCAUUCUGCUAUGCUGCCAUUCUGCUAUGCUGCCAUUCUGCUAUGCUGCCAUUCUGCUAUGCUGCCAUUCUGCUAUGCUGCCAUUCUGCUAUGCUGCCAUUCUGCUAUGCUGCCAUUCUGCUAUGCUGCCAUUCUGCUAUGCUGCCAUUCUGCUAUGCUGCCAUUCUGCUAUGCUGCCAUUCUGCUAUGCUGCCAUUCUGCUAUGCUGCCAUUCUGCUAUGCUGCCAUUCUGCUAUGCUGCCAUUCUGCUAUGCUGCCAUUCUGCUAUGCUGCCAUUCUGCUAUGCUGCCAUUCUGCUAUGCUGCCAUUCUGCUAUGCUGCCAUUCUGCUAUGCUGCCAUUCUGCUAUGCUGCCAUUCUGCUAUGCUGCCAUUCUGCUAUGCUGCCAUUCUGCUAUGCUGCCAUUCUGCUAUGCUGCCAUUCUGCUAUGCUGCCAUUCUGCUAUGCUGCCAUUCUGCUAUGCUGCCAUUCUGCUAUGCUGCCAUUCUGCUAUGCUGCCAUUCUGCUAUGCUGCCAUUCUGCUAUGCUGCCAUUCUGCUAUGCUGCCAUUCUGCUAUGCUGCCAUUCUGCUAUGCUGCCAUUCUGCUAUGCUGCCAUUCUGCUAUGCUGCCAUUCUGCUAUGCUGCCAUUCUGCUAUACCACCAUGCCACCAUGCUCUCAUGCCAUGCUCUCAUGCCAUGCUCUCAUGCCAUGCUCUCAUGCCAUGCUCUCAUGCCACGCUCUCAUGCCAUGCUCUCAUGCCACGCUCUCAUGCCAUGCUCUCAUGCCACGCUCUCAUGCCAUGCUCUCAUGCCACGCUCUCAUGCCAUGCUCUCAUGCCACGCGCUCACACCAUCAUGCCAGGAACACGGAAGCAGCCUGUGUGUUGAGCCAGAGGCGCAGGUCCUCCCUGUCGACACACAGCCCCUGCAGCGCGCUCGUGCCAUGCAGCGUCUCUCCCUUCAGCCCCAGCGCCUGCAGCAUUGCCUCCAUCGUCCCUUGGAGGUUGCCGUGACAAUAACCAAGUUCUGCAGCGACGAGGCAUCAUUAGAGCCAGCAGUGGAGGAGGAGGCGAGACGCAGAAGCAGCGAAAGCAGCGCCGCAGCCGCGACAGGGCGAGUGCAGUCGACCACGUAA